CAACUGAAUGCCAUAACGUCGGCCUCGCUCACUAUCAAGACCUCCGCCCGCUCAAGAAGAUCUUGGAGAUUGUCUUAGCGUUUGGCAACUACUUGAACAGCGCUAAGCGAGGAGCGGCCUACGGGUUCAAGCUGCAGAGUCUGGACACGUUACUGGAUACCAAGUCCACUGACCGGUCCAUGACCCUUCUGCACUACAUCGUGGGACGGUUCAUCAAAAGUUCCCCGGUACGUCGGAUUUUUGCUUGGAUCUACAUUUCGUUGGAGAACCUGGUGAUAGAUAUCAGGCAGUUGACGUCGGGCAUCCAGCUCAGCAAGCGAGAGUUUGCCCAGCAUCACGACAACUCGAUCCUGAGAGAUUUCCUCCUGGCAAACGAAGACAAAGUCAAGAAGGUCGACAGCGACAUGAAGAAAGCAGAGGCCUACAAUGAAGCGGUCGGUUACUACGGCGAAAACCCCAAGAUGUGCCCGCCCAGCACGUUCUUCUCCCUCUUCCAGCGUUUUGUCAACGCUUACAAGGAGGCUGCUUUGGAGACGGCCGCAAACAUUGAGGCCGCCAAGAAGUCCCGCAAACAGAAAGAUCAAAGAGGUCAAUCAGAUUUGAAAAAUGAGCCUUACAGAAGGGCGGACGGGAUCCGACGCAGUCUGCGGCGGAAGCAGCAGGAAAACUACGGCCUACAAUCCUCCUCCAACGAAAUGGUCAUCUGA